AUGCUUGGCCUAUUCAAGGCCACAGUGGUGCUGGCACCAGUGCUGAAGUUGGCGUUGGCCGCCGCCGUACCCACCAGUAUUGAUCAUGUUACCCCAUCGAGUUCGUUAGUUACACUUGAAUUGGGUGGAACCUCGGACCGUAGUCCACUUGAGCACACAGCCCUCGAGUUGCGCAUUUUCGAGUCAACUACGCCUUGUGGCCAGGGCAAUGUUACGCUUAAUGGAGAGCCGCUGCUGCGAGAUGAUUUGGGGUUAGGAUCAGGUUCCCUAGCUACUGACAGCGGAAAUGUACUUGCAGCUAGCUGGAAGUUCACUUGCGUGCAUCUUGAAGGGGAUUCCAAAGUUCAACUAUUGUCCGUCCAUAUUCUUUCUGUUGACAGGGAGGAUGUCGACGACGUUGCCUUCUCGGUCCAGUUUCAGCAGACCUCGCCGGUCUCCAUCUCAUACAUCGAUGGUGCUACGAUAAAGACACAAUUGCUGUCUACAUCUAGCUCACCAGAGACUUCGGUCCCAAGCUUAGAGGAUGAACUGGCCGAAUUACAGAUGCUAAAGCAACAGCUGCUAGCGCUUGAGCAUUCUAUUGCCUUGAAAGUUACCCACAUUUCUAGCACCUUCAACUUGGGUCAAGCUGAGAAACUACUUUCAGAUUGCGACAAUCUGAAGUGUUUCUUCAAUACGAUAUAUGAUCAAAUGAAAACCAUGGCUAGUAAAGUAUAUCACGGCAGUGAGGGAACGCCGAGUGCAAUAGCUAGUCAACCUGGUGGCUCCCGCUGGCCGACCAGCACCGGCGGACAACGCCCACUGAAAGAGGCCGAUGAUGACAAACAACUUGAAACCAUUCCUUCGCCUGAACAGCCUGGAAAAGUUGGUAACCAGGACAAAGUGACAGGGUCUAUAUCUAUAACCAAUAAUGAGGUCGAUCAAUUUCAACAGUCGCUUAUCAAUGGUUCUCACCAGGUCCGACAUAUCUUGGUUUGGGUUGUUAUAUCUUUGGCCAUCCUCAUCAACCUCACAAUCAUGAUACUUAUGUUUCAAUGCGUGCGGCUUCUACGUCAACGGCGCCAAGCCCGAUGGGAGAAGCGGCGCCGUCAGCUGCGUGAAUCUCGCGAUGCCUGUAAUGCUCUCGUUGCAACCAAGUACCUGGAUCUAAUACAAUGGCUUCGAGGUGAGCCAACGCGUGAGACCAUCGAGGAUCAAGAAAAAGAUGCCAUCAUGAGACGUAUAAACGAGCCAAACAGUGAUGAGGAGUCCUCGGAUACCUUAUCCAUCAGUAUGGAGGAAGAGAUCGCCCAAUUUCGUGCUGCGGCGGGGUUUGUAGAAACUUUAGUGGCAGAAGAAGGACGGGGAAGAGGUCUGAUACCUAAUCGUUUCCCUUUUGCCCGACCACGCCGAGCCUCGACACCUUCAAGCAUGUCUUCGUGCCCGACCUAUAGAUCUGUGGAUGAGUCUUUGCCUGCAUACGACGAAAACUGCUCGCCAGAAUAUGUCGUUGAUGGAUUCCGUUAUACACCUGGUAGCUCGACACAUGGCAACUCAUCACCUAGGAGUUCUUCACCUAGAAGUUCAGCUUCAGAAGACUCAACGACAUGUUCAUCGCUGGACGAGAAUGUGGAAAAGAAGGACUGA